UCACCACCACCACCCUUCCAUUGCCUGAUUCUCCUCUUCUCCGCUCUCCACUUUAUGUCGAGAUUUUACGAGGUACCUACUACUCGGAGUACCCUCCCAACCCCCUCCCCAUCUUCUCUUGUUUUGCGUAAUUUGAGAACGGAGUUAUAGUUGUUUGACAUAAAGGAGCAUCGCAAGGAAGCAAAGAGGAGUUUAAAGUGCGUCUUGGAUCAAGAAAAUUGUAUUAAAGAAAAGGUUUUCCAGCAGCUAAGAAUGAAGAGUUUUUCGGUCAAGGUUGAGGAAGGAAGGGAAGGGAAAGACGGGAAACCGUCCAUCGGACCGGUGUAUCGAAACUUUCUUUCCAAAGAUGAAUUUCCUCCUCCAUAUGAUGAUUUGAGCACAUCUUGGGACCUUUUCAGUGUUUCAGCCAAAAAGCAUGCUGCAAAGCGAAUGCUCGGAUGGCGAAAAUUUGUGGAAGGGAAGCCAGGGCCUUAUGUAUGGAAAACUUACAAAGAAGUUUAUGGUGAUGUUCUUAACAUUGGUUCUGCACUACGAGCGGUUGGUGCCAAACCGGGCUCGCGAAUCGGAAUUUACGGAGCAAAUUGUCCUCAAUGGAUAAUUGCAAUGGAGGCUUGCAAUGCUCACAGUUUGAUUUGUGUGCCACUCUAUGAUACCCUUGGACAUGGCGCUGUUAAUUUCAUUAUAGAUCACGCAGAGAUCGAUAUCGUUUUCGUCCAAGAUAAGAAAGUGAAAGAACUAUUGAAUCCUGAAAGCACGUAUCCUAAGAGGCUGAAAGUUGUUGUCUGCUUUACUUCACUGAAGAAGGAAGAGAAGACUUCAGCAGUAGAGAUUGGGAUAAAACCAUACUCAUGGGACGAGUUCCUUCAUUCGGGAAAAGAGAAUCCAUUCGAAAUCGUUCCUCCGCAACCCCUCAGCAUUUGCACAAUUAUGUACACAAGUGGCACCAGUGGAACUCCGAAAGGCGUUGUGUUAACACAUGAAACCAUCACAACAUUUAUCAGAGGAGUUGAUGUGUUCUUGGAGCAGUUUGAUGACAAGAUGACAGAGGAUGAUGUGUAUCUAUCUUUCCUGCCUCUAGCUCAUAUCCUCGACCGUGCGGUCGAGGAGUAUUUCUUUCGGAAGGGUGCAUCCGUUGGCUACUACCAUGGGGAUCUUAAUGAAAUAAAAGAGGAUCUAAUGGAGUUAAAGCCGACAGUUUUAGUAGGUGUACCUCGAGUCUUCGAAAGGAUCCACGAAGGAAUCAAACAAGCUGUACAAGAACUCAAUCCAGUAAGAAGAAAGGCUUUCGAUUUGCUGUACAAAUACAAACUUUCGUGGUUGAAUAGCGGAUAUAAACAGAAAUAUGCAUCCCCUUUGGCAGAUUUCUUAGCAUUCAGGAAGGUGAAAGCUAGAUUAGGUGGUCGCAUUCGACUAAUAAUAUCCGGGGGCGCAGCCUUGAGCGCAGAAGUGGAAGAGUUUUUGAGGGUCACAUGUUGUGCCUUUUUUGUCCAAGGAUAUGGAUUGACUGAAACUUGUGGACCAACAACUAUUGGGUUUCCUGAUGAAAUGUGUAUGCUCGGUACGGUUGGUGCUGUUACUCUAUACAACGAGCUUUGCCUCGAAGAGGUUCCAGAGAUGGGAUACAAUCCGCUCGGGGAUCCUCCAUGUGGUGAAAUAUGUGUAAGAGGAAAGACUGUUUUUAAUGAAUACUACAAAAAUCCUGAACUAACUAAAGAGUCCAUAAAGGAUGGCUGGUUUCACACAGGAGACAUAGGAGAAAUGCUUCCUAAUGGGGUUUUGAAGAUCAUUGACAGGAAGAAAAACCUCAUAAAACUGUCCCAAGGAGAAUACAUAGCACUCGAAUACUUAGAAAACGUUUAUUCCAUUACCCCUAUCGUCGAAGAUAUUUGGAUCUAUGGGAACAGCUUCAAAUCAAUGCUGGUUGCAGUGGUGGUGCUACAUGAGGAAAACACCAAGAGAUGGGCAAAGUCAAAUGGUUUUUUGUGUUCUUUCUCUGAGCUUUGUUCUCUUGAUCAGGUCAGGCAUUAUGUUCUCUCUGAGCUCACUUCCACAGCAGAAAGGAACAAGUUGAAACGUUUCGAAUACAUCAAAGGAGUUGUGUUGGAAUCGCACCCAUUCGACGUAGAAGACGAUCUGGUGACAGCAACUUUGAAGAAGAAGAGAAACAAGUUGCUUAAGUACUAUGAGGUGGAAAUCAAUGCAGUGUACAAAAAAUUGGAGGCCAAAAGUUGAUGAAGUUGAUGAACUUCUCUUUCUCUUAUUGCAAAUAAAAGAUUCUAUGGAGUCUUUUUUUCUUUUAUUUUCCUUUUUUUUUCUCCUUUUUGAGAGUGAUUAUAUAGAGUCACACUGUUCGAUGAAAGUAUAGAAAUUGUGAUGCUUCAUUGGACUUGAUUGUAUGAAAGGGUUGCAAUAUAAGUUUCAAAAUAUUCAUUUCUUGGGAAAUAUGUUCCAAGUAUAGUGUGUUAUUUCAUAGAAUUGUUUUGGUUUAA